GCGUGUUCACUCAGCUGCAAAUUAAAAUCAGCUGUCCUCGGUUACUCGCUCUCAGUUUAGAGUCGGUUUUCGUUUCAGAACGGUGUGUGUGCUUGUUUCUGAAUAAACCCGUCUAAAGUGAAUCACACAAAGAAAAGGAAGCUAUUGCAACUAGUGAGCACUUCAAUACCAAUCGAAAAAAUCGUUUAUCACGAAAUCAUUGAAGACCAACCCGAACAGACUGCUAUCGUCUAUUGGGGCAGGAUGCUACGUUUCAGUGCAAUACUACUGAGUACGUUUCUUGUGCUCCUGGCACUUUCCAGUAUCGAACCUCGAAGUCAACACAUCGAACAAGAUGUAUUUACGGCAUUUGUACCAGAGGUUAAUGACAACGCACUAGAGAUCAUAGAUGCUGCCAUUCAUGAGCCUCCGCCACACACAGAAUAUGCGAAAAUGGCGCGCUAUCUCGUGCACAAAGCAGAAUGGGUUUCGAUGGGCUCACUCUCCACCGUUGAUACAAUAAAGGGUUAUCCAAUGGUCAACAUAAUCGCUGCGGCCGAUAGCGCCCGAGGAGCCAAAUCCACCGGAACACUAUAUUUCUAUUUAACCAUGCUGGACUUCACGGCACAGGAUUUGAGCAAAGACAAUCGAUUGACUGUUUUGCUUUCCAUGGACCAAGAUCUAGAUUGCAGCAAACGGGGUAUCGAUCCAAUGGAACCAACCUGCGCUCGCAUUAUGAUUUCAGGACGAGCCAUUAAACUCGCAGAGGGUUCAGAUGAGUUUAAUUUCGGGACCAAUGCUAUGUUUAGUAGGCAUCCGGCAGCAAAACAUUGGUUGGAUACACAUAAUUUCUUCCUGUGUAAGUUGGAUAUUGUACAAAUUGCUGUAUUGGAUUACUAUGGCGGACCACACUAUGUAAGUGUUGACGAAUACAUGGCGGCAGAUCCGGAUACACCUACCGCUCGACUAGUGCCCAUUGAUUCGAUUGGAAAUGAAUUCAACCACCAAGUUAUUCGAAAUUCAGACGACGACAGAACUGUUACCGUUAAAUUCAAGAAGGAUUCACAAGUACGGCGAAUCAACAUAGAAGUUUGAAAUUUUACUAAACUGUUACAACAAAUGCAAUAUGCCAAAAUAAUUUAAACCAAUAUCGAACAAAAUGACUGAACCAAUAUAAUCGACAAAGACAACGCUUA